GGCGACAGUAUCUUAAUGGCCCAAAACUAUUCGGAAAUAACUUAAAGUUUGCCUUAAAUUGUUCUUCAGUUUGGCUGGAAGUUCGAGGAAAACUUAUCCCAUAUGAUGGCAUUUUCCGCUUAUGUAGAUUCUGGCUCAUUAAAGAACGAAUUGUAAUUAUUUCAGAUGUUCCACAGGAGCAGCAAUUAAUCACUUGGAACUUCUUCGGAUUGGUCGGAUUGGAUGUCUGGCGAAUGCUGGAGAAUGGGUCUGCUCCAGCACGAGGAAAGUGCGUUUCUGCCGCAGGACCCAUCGGGAGUCCCAUUUCCGGUGACAAUCGCAGUCACUACUACCAGCUACCGAUGAUGUUGGCACGGGAAGGCGAUGCGCUUCCGAAAGGAAGAGAAAAAUCAACAGCUGGCAAAGAGCGAGCCAGAGCCAAGGUCGUUGCACAGCUCUCUCUCUCUCUCUCACUGUGUCUCUCUCUUCACCACGUGCCGUCAGGCAUUACGGCGACGGAGCACGAGACGAUACGACUCGGCACGAGAAAAAACUCACCACUAAACGAGGAGGCGAGGCGCCUCCGUGUUGGGACGCCACUGUCACUGCCAGUGCCAUCGCCUCCAUUCAGUUUAACGUCGAACUCUGCUGCUGCCAGUUGCCUGCGCCAAACAGCCACGGAACCAGCCAGAUUCAGCCAGCCAUUCAUCUACCAUCUCGAAGCAUAGUCAUAGCCAACCAGUCAGCCAUUCGAACAAUCGCCGAACAGCGACAGGUCGUGACGUGUGUCCUAGUGCCAAGAGUAGUGUCCCUCACUUUGCGGUGAUUCGUACAGACAGUCGGUCAAGUGUCUCGCAGAUAAUUGUCAUCAUUUUUAGCCCGGAUCGUGAUUGUUUUUGAGCGGAAAAUACACACGGAAUUACUGCUGCUGUCUGCUGCUGCUGCGGCACAAAUAA